UUGCAUACUGUAUUUUUAUAGUUUAUACACAGCUAAAUCAUAAAAAUGAUUCUUGCUAAAUGUAGAUUAUAUAUAACUAUUUUAGCAUUCUAUUAUAUUUCCAAUAGUGUAUUUGCAGUAAACAAUUUUAGGGACAUGUAUAAAGACGUUGCAAGAGAAUAUUUAAGUAAAGCAGACCAUGAUUUGAAAUUUAAAGUCAUUUUACCGGAACCAAAUACUGAUAAUGCGGCAUUCAAUAAAUUGAGAGAAACUUACGAUGACUUGGCAGACGAAUACAAGCAAUUUAUAAUCGAUGCGAUAACAAAAAAUAGAUAUUCAACAAAUUUUAGAUGGUUAUAUGCAUAUGAAGUAUAUAAUAUGUCGGUGCCAUUGGAGUAAUUAAAAAAUCAAGUAAUUAUGAGUGGAAGACUUCAUAUGAAAAAUUUAUAUUUAGGUCUAUUAUUGUAAUAAAAAAUUAAAAUUAGUAAACUUGAAUAAUUGUUACUUUGUUAGGCACCUUAUUAAUAUUUAA